CAGUGGACAACAAAAGAUUGAAACCUUCUCAGCAUUCCUCAAGAAGAUUGAAGAUGUACAGAAAAGGCUGACAGACAACAAGACACAAGUUCAACAAUAGAUAAACACAGCUUUUGAGGAACAAGUACAGAAGUUACAAGAACAGAGGGAUGGGCUAUUGGCUACUGUGGACAAGAGUCAUCAUGACAACAUGGCUGCUUUGGCAGGACAGAAAGGCAAUGUGCUGACUCAGCUGACUGAACUGUCCAGGGUUUGUGAAGAUGCAGAAAAGUGUUUGAAACAAGAAGAUACAGUUUGGCUCACACAGGAAUUCAACUUGUCUGAUAAACUUGCAAAAUUUAAGAACAUUCAAACUCCUGACAUCUGUGAAACCAAACUUUUUUGCUUUGAACCAAAGACAUCUGGUGCCCUGAUAGAUCUGGGUAAAGUUAUGUCCAAAUCCAUUUCAAACAAGCAGGAUUCACUUCAAUCCAUGAGAACAAAUAAUGGACAAAUUAAAGGUACAAACGUCAGGCCAAUCAGGGUGGGACAACCAUGGGCGAGGAAAGUCAGGUUUGGAGGAGAGGGAUCAGGUAGGGGGGAAUUUAGGUAUCCUAUGGGAGUAGCUGUCUCACAGGACAAUAAGGUUUACAUUGCUGAUUUGGGUAAUAGCAGAAUCCAGGUAUUCACAAUGGAUGGUGUUUAUAUCAGAGAGUUUACAACAACUCUGCCAGGGGAAACUCGUAAAAAGUCAAACCCACAUGAUGUUGCUGUAGAUAGAAAUGACAACCUGUGGGUGGUGGGUGAUGAUCAUACCGGUAUAGUGCAGUAUUCCAGGGAAGGCACCUGUUUGACUAAAAUGGAUGUUCCGAAUGUUAAAAAGAUUGAUGGCAUAACUGUAGAUAUGGCAACACAACAGGUGAUUGUGACAGAGUAUGAUGGGAAGAAUGGUCUCCGAGUAUUCAAUGAAGAUGGUUCUGAUGUGGGGAUAUAUGGUUCAGGUCAUAGGUCACCAAAACCUUGGCGGCCAGCACAUGUCACUGUGGAUGGGGAGGGGAACAUUCUGGUCACUGAUUACAACAAUCAUUGUGUCCAUGUCUUGGACAGAGAGGGGAACUUCAAGUUUAAGUUUGGGAGUGAGGGAUCUGAUGAAAGUCAGUUGAACGACCCUAAGGGCAUUUGUGUUGAUGGGAUGGGAAACACCAUUGUGGCUGACUUUGGAAAUAGUUGUGUGAAAUUGUUUGACAGUGAGGGCAGAUCUCUGCGUAACAUUGGAAGUGGUAUGAAGAGGCCUAGUGGUGUUGCUGUGUCACCAGGUGGAGAUGUGCUGGUAACUGAUUGGAGAGAUCACACUGUAUCAGUCUGGACACAGGGUUAGUGCUGUACUAGUUAGGGAAAAGAUCACGCUGCAUUUACAAGUUGCCAAUACUAGAGC